AACUUUUGCAAGCCGCAAACAGUCUUGACUCCUGAACCAACAACAACCCAGUUUUCAUCUUUCUUCACCAUCUCUCUUUACCUUCCCGCCGUCGUCGGAACGCUGCCGCCGUCACAAACAACCCCAACGUUGCCGCUAUUGUUGAUUUUCAAUCCUAUUGUUCCAUUAUCUUCCAAGUUUUUACAUUUUUAAUCUAUAACAAAUUUUGGGGAGUUUUCAUUUCCAUUUUAUUUUCAUCAUCCAUAACCCAACCUUUAAUUUUCUUUUCUGUGAAAGAUCACCCUUUGUUCCACCAUUUUCACUCUCAACCUCAUUAUUUACUUAAAUCUAAUCUAUUUAAAAGGUUUCCAGCCAAAAUAAAAAUAGAGAAGAUAGAAGAAUCACCACCGCUGCUGGCGGCACACAGCUUCACCAUAGAUGAAAGUGAGACGAUGAAGAGAAAACAUGACUAACGGGUCUGUAAGUGAGAUGAUGAAGAGAAAUAGAGAAACACAAAGGGAGAAGAUGAAACAGAGAGACAUUAUAAAACAAUCUUCAAUUUCUAUCAAACAAUCUUCCAUCUUCAAUGACAAUCUUCAAUUCAAUCAACCCAUAUUCCAUGUUUGAAACCUAAAAUUGGAAUCAAUAAUAGCAUAACCAAGAACAAUAGCGGUGGACUUGGGGUGGUUCGUGACAGUAGAAUAGGGAUUGACGGCGGGAGAUGAACGACGGCGGCGAGAAGUCAAAGAGAUCGAUGGUGAAGAAACAAAAACGGGUGGUUUGUUAGUUCACAUUGUUGUUGUUGUCUCUGUAACUUUGAGCUUUUAAUCUCAUCCAUUAAAAUAUUUAUUUGCCACGUGUCACUCAUCCAAAUGAAAACUGGAGGGAAAUGGAGGAUAAAACAAUGGAGUGGAUCUGGACUCCUCCGAAAGACUAUCUAUUAAAUCUAUUAAAUAAAAAUAAAUCCAACUUUUUUGGUUGAAAAUGGAUUUUAUUUCCAGAAAUAAAUAAAUACGAUGGUGGUAGUAAUUAUUAAUUUUCUAAAUAAGCUUAUUGGUCUUUAAUUGGGUUGAUUCAUCCAUCUACAUUUAACAACAGUAAAACCAACCAACAUUGAAGUUGAUGAGAGAAAGAAGAGUGUAGUUGAAUAAAGAUCCAUGCGACUGUGAUUUGCAGCGGAAAAGCAACCGUGAAACGUGAUAUCGAAAUUUAGAUCCAUCCAUCCAAAGAAAAAGCCAGAAUCCGCAUUCACACAAAAAUCCAUCAUAAUCAUAAUCACAUUCAUUAUUAUUAUUUUCCACAAUCCAAACACUCCUUUGCCCCAUUCCUGGGACUAGGAGAACCAACACUGAAGAAUCGAAUCGAAUCUCUUCAUCGAUCCAAUCUGAAAUCGCUUAAUUCAUUGACAAUUCAGCUGAGACGCUUAACGCUACUCGCUGGCUGGGUGCUUUACCCUUCAAACUGCACCCUUCCAGAGGAACCCUAGAUGUUGCAGCUAAGUUCAAAAUUGGCCGUUCGGCAUUGGUGAUGUAGAGUCACGCGGCCAAUAUGGCAUUUGUAACUAAGAUCAAAUGGGUUGUUCUUUCUGUAAUCUCUUUAUCUGUGGCGUCUAUCAUCAUUCACUUGUCUUUGGCAAAGUUGUGGACUGUUAAUAUAGUGCCGUAUAAUGCAAUUGUAGCUUUUCCUGAUGAUUUUUCUUCUGUGGUAGGAAGGCAGGUUAUAAAGAAUAAGAAGCUAUGGGGUUCCAUAAAGUCUUUGGAAGCACUACAGCCUAGUUCCAAUGCCAGAAACAAUUAUACUGUUCCAAAGGAGCAUAGCAAUGGUUUCAUCUAUGCAAAAGUUUUCGGUGGAUUUGAAAUGAUAAGAUCAUCGAUAUGUGAUCUGGUUGCCAUAUCUAGGCUUUUAAAUGCUACUCUUGUCAUUCCAGAAUUUCAAGAGAGUCUUCGCUCAAAAGGAGUAAGCUCAAAGUUCAAGAGUUUUUCCUAUCUUUAUGAUGAGGAGCAGUUCAUAGCAUAUCUAAAAAAUGAUGUAAUUAUUGCCAAGACCCUGCCUGGAAGUUUGAUGGAAAGGAGAAAAAGAAAUGAGUUUCCUACAUUUAGGCCCUCAAGUUCAGCUUCUCCAAACUUUUACGUCCAAGAAAUUUUACCGAAGCUAAAGAAAUCUAAGGUUAUUGGAUUAGUUAUUGCCAAUGGUGGCGCAUUGCAGUCGGUACUCCCACCUACCAUGGCAGAGAUUCAAAGGCUAAGAUGCAGGGUUUCAUUCCAGGCCCUUCAAUUUCGUCCAGAAAUUCAAAUGCUUGGUCGUCGUAUGGUUAACAAGUUGAGAUCAUUAGGGCAACCCUUCUUAGCAUACCAUCCCGGCCUACUAAGAGAAACCUUGGCAUACAAUGGUUGCGCCGAACUUUUUCAGGAUGUACACACUGAACUCAUACAACAUCGAAGGGCUCAAAUGAUAAAGGAUAAAAUUCUUAAUGAGGAUUUGAAUGUGGAUUCACACUUGCGAAGAGAUAAAGGUCUAUGUCCCCUCAUGCCUGAAGAGGUUGGCAUUCUCCUUCGAGUAAUGGGUUAUCCUUCCAAAACAAUAAUUUACCUAGCUGGUUCUGAAACAUUUGGAGGUCAACGUGUUUUGAUUCCUUUGCGGUCCAUGUUUAUCAAUACACUGGAUCGCACUUCCUUGUGCAGUGAGAAAGAAUUGUCUGACUUGGUUGGACCUGAAACACCUCUUCCUCAAAAGAUUUUUCGACCACCUCCUACAAAAAGCGAGGAAGAACUUAAAGAAGAAUGGAAGAGGGCUGGUCCUCGGCCUCGACCUCUUCCUCCACCUCCAGAUAGACCAAUUUACCAGCAUGAAAAAGAAGGCUGGUAUGGUUGGAUCACAGAGACCCCUACAGAACCUGAUCCUUCACCUAUGGAUCUAAGGAUGAAAGCACACAGAUUACUUUGGGACGCUCUAGAUUACAUUGUUUCUUUGGAAGCAGAUGCCUUCUUUCCUGGAUAUAACAAUGAUGGAAGUGGACGGCCAGAUUUUUCAAGCCUUGUCAUGGGACAUCGGCUGUACGAGACUGCUUCUUCUAGGACAUACCGUCCUGACAGGAAAGUCGUUGCGGAAUUUUUCAACAUGACACGUGAGAAUUUGUACCAUCCAAAACAUAAUUGGGCAAUUUUAGUGCAAGAACACCUUAACAAAAGUAUGACUGAAGAAGGCCUCAUAAGGCAAGCUCUCUUGUCAAAACCAGCAAUGUUCCUUUCACAUCCACUUCCAGAAUGCUCUUGUAGAGUAGCUUCUGUCAACGUUGCUAAUCGUGUCAGAGGCGAGGAUGGCCAAAUUAUAUAUGGAGGCGAAGACAUUUGCCCCAAAUGGAUGCAGCAUGCUAGUAUGCCAGGUUCGUCAGGGAAAGAAGGUGUCAAAUCUGAAGAUGAUGGGCUGCCAGAUUAUGAAAGUAAUGAUUUUGUUGAUGAAUCUCAGUCUGAUAAAAAUGGUGGCAAAACUAAUCAGACUCAAGUCUGGGAUCAAGAUGAGGAAAUGGAUCCAAAUGACUAAAAGUGUGCGUGCAUAUCAUUCAUAACUACAGUCUAUAGUUAUACAGCAUCGAAUUUUUCCAAAAUUUGAGAGGUAUAGGUUAUAAAGUGAUCCGGCUAUGUACACAACUCAAUGCUAUCCUUGUUGAGCAUACGGGCAUUCAAAUAUAUUCUUUCAUUGGUUUUUGGGUUAUUUUUCAUAGACAAAGAUAACAUUUUUUUUCUUUUAUUUUUCACGUUCCACUUGCAAUUGAAUUUUUGUUGUAACAUAACAUACACAUUACAAAAAGAAGGAAAAAGAAAGAAAGAAAUGUCAGCUGUCUGCAUAACAGAAGAGCAAUAGAUAUGAAGUUAGAAACAAAUUUGUUUAGUUUAUUCUAUA